GCUGCCUCCUGUAGUUGGUGAAAGUUUCUGUAUUCUCUCUUGAUUUACAACGUACAUAAUAGCAUCAUGUUUAAGAUUUUUUUUUCUUUUUUGUGCACAGCAUUUUGUUAAGAAAUCUCCAAAAGUAUGAGAGAAGUAAUGCAACAGAAGUAUAUACGAGAAGACUAAAUAAAGAAAGAAUAUUAGCAUAUUUUUUUACCUUCCCGCAGUAAGAUCGUCGGUGCAGCGGACGGUAAAGAUGGAUCUAAAGUUUGUGAACAGCGAAGUUGGAAGUACGUUAGUGAAAUAUAUCAGCAUAUUAUAGAGAUGAGAGAACAUGAAGAACCUUUGACUCAUUGCCCCUUUUUCCCUGACAAAGUGUAGAUCAAUUUCAAUAUGCUUGGGAUGUAGAGGCUUCACUAAAUUUGUAGAUAAAUACACUGAGCUUAUAUUGUCACAAAACACCAACAUUGAUGUACUUAUAAUUAGAGGACAGUGUAGCUCAAGCAAUAGGUUACACAAGAAGCAAGUAGGUCUCCACAACUGUAUUUGUAUUUUACUGUUGUAGUUUGUAUUUCUUUUAUUCUGCUACUCAUAUAAUUCUAUAAUUUAUUUUUUUUAAAAAUUGAAAAUGAUAAUACAAUCUUAACAUAUUAAUUACAACCAACAAAAAAAAAGUGCAAGAAUAUGGAAGUUUCUUUUUGUGGAAUAUAAUAUGGUGUUUAUAUAGGAAAGAAUUAAAACCCUGGAAAGAACUUUGUUAAAACCCAAAUUUUGGAUAGAAAUCAUGAGCCCAUAUUUUAAAAAGCUUAUAUUAAUAUAAAAGAGCUCGAUCUCAGUUCUCCAACGAACUUCUCGGGUCUCUCUCUUGUCUUCUCCCAUACACUCCCUUCAAAGCAAUCUGUGUACAGAUGGAGAGGGCGACGACACAGCAACAGCAGGCUCCACCGGUAGCUGAGGAGCUGAAUCUUGACUACGUAAAGAGACAAACGCAGAGCUUACAAAAGGCCAUAUCUCGAAUCCUUGAAGACUUCGAAGCUUAUUCCCAAACCAACACUACUCCCAAAUGGAAGGACAUUCUAGGGCGAUACAAGAUGAUAAAUCUCGACCUCUUUAUCCUUGUGGAAGAAGUCAAACAAGUUUCCAAGGCCCUUGUUGUGUUUCCGAAGAACGUGAACGCUGAGAAUGCUUCAAUUUUACCGGUUAUGUUGGCUUCCAAGUUGCUCCCCGAGAUGGAAACUGAUAACAAUGUCAAGAUUGAUCACUUGCUUCAAGAUGUUCAGAGUUUGCCUGUGCCAAUGCAAAUCGAAACCCUAAAGGUGUGAGAGUUUGUGUGUGCGUAUAUCUCUUUGUGUUAGGAGUUUUUACUGAAGGUUGUUUCUUUUUUUUACUAGGAGAGGAUUGGCAAGAUUGCAGAAGUUUGUGGAAAUGCAGGGAAAGUGUUAGCUGAUGCUCGUAAAGCUUAUGGACUGGCCCCCCAACGAGGAGGUCCUUCUAUGCUUCCUACUACUAUGGAUAAAGCUCAAGCUGAAAAGAUUCGGGAGCAGGAGAACAUGCUACGAGCUGCUGUAAACGAAGGUGAAGGUAAGGGAGAUUCAGUUUUUAACAUGUACUGAAACAUUUGCUUUAAGUAAGACGCUAGGUUUUUGAUUUUGUUAAAUUCGAUACUUGUGGCUCAAGGAAUAAGACUGCCUCCAGACCAGAGACAGAUCACCACGGAACUUCCACCGCAUAUGGUAGAUGCGCUAUUCGUCAACGAUGCAGGUAUAAGACCUAACAAGCUAGACUCCAUCCUUGUUCUUUCUUUCGUUCUUUAACGAUUAUCUAACUAUCUUCCCUUGCAUGCCGUUUCUUGCAGUGUUUAACAGCAGCGGAAUGAUGCAAACACAACAGUCUCAGUCUCAGCAACCAGAAGAACAGCAGCAGCACCAACAACAAGGAGGAGAGUAUUGAAAUAUGCAGACCAAUCAGCAGAAUCUACAGCCUAAACCCUCAAUAAAAAUAGUCCCAUUUGUAUAACUCGGGCUCUUAAUGGGCCUUAUUUUUGCAACUGUAUAUAGCUAAAACGUUAGCAUAAUGGGUCUCGUCCAUUAUUACUAUGAUGAUAGCCUAAUGGGUCUGGUCCAUUCUUACUAUGAUGAUAUUGUUGAUAUAACACCCGACCACUUGGUUUUGUUAUGUACUUCCCCUAUUUUGUAACUCUUGUUUCUCACAACGUGCGGCCUGAAACACGAAGCAGAAAUCGGACGGUGUAGGAUCGGUUUAGAACUGACGGACUCUCUGGUGUUCGACACGUAUUAGUGACGUCGCAAUCUCGACGCCGUUGAUGGGUACACGACAAAACGUAAACGCGUUUUUUGUUGUACACGGGACUCGAUAACAGCGACGUGUCCAUCAAGUUUAUUUACCUGUUUGUUUCCAAACUCUGAACAGAGGGCUCAAAAACAGCGACUCGGAAGUUACUGAAUUUUUCUGACAAUUUGUUUUCUUCUCAACUCAAUUUUGUUUAGAAAUAAUGCAUUUUAUGUACUUUUCUUAUUUUUGGCGUAGUUUAAUUUUGAUGUACUUAGGUUUGGCAUCAUAUAUAUGUAGAACAUUGAAUUUGAAUUGCGCUUUUAGUUUUAUUUGAAUCAAAUAUACUUUAGAAUUGUCUAAUUCUACGUUCAAAGACAAAACGAAAAAUAAAUUAUUGUGUGAAAGUUAACAUUAUACAAAAAAGUAAUAUACCAUUUGAUGAUAUGAUAAAGGCAGCCUAUAAGAGUUGAUUAGUAGCAUUAUUAAUCCUCAACACAAAUAACUAGAAAACUAGAUCUACUGAUGGAAUAAUGAUGAAGAUGAGAUUGGCCAAACGAAUUAAAUGCUAACACCAAGAAGUCUCCGAUGAUGAGAAAUCUGACAAAUGGAGGAGAAGUGCAGAUUCUCUUGUCUCUCUUCUUCUCUAUAAAAAUACAGCUAUAUUGUCAUGAAGUAAAUGCAACACACAGAUAAAAAGCUUGGAAAUGAAACGGACAGAUAGAUAAAGGAGACAAAGCAGAAGUUAUGAAAUGUCUCUUUAGCUUAAAACGUUUUGUAGA